CACUUUUUAUGAGCCAAUAAUUUUGUGUAUCUCGAUCUACUCCUUGAGCCUACAUACAGUAUAUAUAUGGCAGGCUCAGGCAGCUUGUGGUGGCUUGCGGUGGUGAUUUUGAUGGUAUCAGUAUCAAAGCCUGCGUUCUCCAACCCACAAACCACCCUACUAGCCAGUGGAUGCAGCUCGGAAAAUGCUUCCAAUCCAUCAGAUUUUUUAAGGAAACUCAACGCCAGCUUUGCGGAUCUUGGCCACCAGUUAUCCGGAAGCAACAAAAGCUUUGCCACCACUGCAAAUCCUGUCUAUGCAAUGGCACAGUGUAGAAACUAUCUCUCCAAACCUGACUGUGUCGCCUGUAUCGAUGCCGCAGUGUUAGAAUCCCCAAGCUGCUUAAUCGCCCUGGGUGCCACUUUCAUAUAUGAUGGCUGCUUCAUCAGGUACGAGAGCUAUUACUUCUACGAUCAGAUUACAGACAGCAUAAACUGGCCACUUUGUGGUGAACGAACUGCCCGAAAACAAGACGUUUUCAAUACGACGGCAAAGCAACUACUCAAUGAGCUUCUACUUGCCACGCCCAGAAUUAAAGGCUAUUUUGCUACAGCAAAGCGGGUAUCUGCUGGUGGUGGUGGUGCCACCGCCUAUGCGGUGGCACAGUGUGUCGAAACAAUCACCAACAGUGACUGUAAGGCAUGUUUGACAAUAGCUUACAAUCACAUGCUGCGCAAUUGUUUGCCAGUAUCUGCAGAUGGAAGAGCUGCUGAAGUAGGUUGCUUCUUAAGAUACUCAGACACACAAUUUUUCCCUGAUAACCAGACAACUAACCUACAACCCUUUCUUCAUGGAGGGAGUUCAGGAAAGAAGAAAGCUAUUAUUGGGGGUGUAGUGGGAGGUGUAGGAAUCAUUUUGGUAUUAGCAGCCAUUUUCCUUUGGUAUAGACAAUCAAAAAACCCAAAGGCUUCAAGAAAAGGCAAUAUUUUGGGGGCAACUCAGUUCAGAGGUUCGGAGAACUACAAAUACAAAGAUCUGAAAGCUGCAACAAAGGAUUUCAGCGAAGAAAAUAAACUAGGUGAAGGAGGUUUUGGUGAUGUAUACAAGGGCAAGCUACAGAAUGGAAAUGUGGUGGCAGUAAAGAAACUGACAAUGAUUUCCAGUAGAGCAAUGGCAGACUUCGAGACUGAAGUUAGGCUUAUUACAAAUAUUCAUCAUCCCAAUCUCAUUCGUCUAUUGGGAUAUUCUGGAAACCAAGAAGAGCUGCUGCUGGUUUAUGAAUACAUGGCAAAUGCUAGCCUUGACAGAUGCUUAUAUCGACAGAAUCGGGGGAGGCUGAAUUGGAAGCAACGGGUUGAUAUAAUAUUUGGUACAGCUAGGGGUCUUUCCUAUCUGCAUGAGGUGUGCAUCAUCCACAGAGACAUAAAAUCCAGCAAUAUACUGCUUGAUGAUGACUUUCACCCCAAAAUUGCUGAGUUUGGUUUGGCAAGGCUUUCACCUAAAAAUAAGAGUCAUCUUACCACUAAAUUUGCAGGGACUUUGGGAUAUACAACGCCCGAGUAUGCAAUUCAUGGUCAUUUAUUAGAGAAAGUUGACAUCUACAGCUUUGGCGUUGUGAUCCUAGAGAUCAUUAGUGGGCGAAGGAGCAGUGAAAUGCGAGUUGAGCCUGUAACUGAGUAUCUCCUUGUAUUGGCAUGGAAACUGUACGAGAAUGAGGAACAUCUAGAACUAGUGGAUACGAGUUUAGACUCAAACGAGUAUAAAGCGGAAGAAGUGAAGAGAAUGUUGGAGAUUGCAUUGGUGUGUACACAAUCACCUUCCAAUCUAAGGCCAAGCAUGUCGGAAGUGAUGGGCAUGCUUUCAAGUAUUGAUGGCUCAAUCAUUCAGAGACCCCAAAAUAGGCCUACUAUUAUUACUAAUAAUUUCGAUAAGAGGGUACCUGCAGUCACUGCAACACCUUCUAAUGCCACCAUUUCACUUUCUGAAUUCUCAGGCCGCUAGCUAGGAGAAACGAAACGAAAAUUAUA